AUGAUCAAGAAGAAAAAGAAAUUAUCUGAAGUUGUCAAGAAAGCUUGUAUUGGUUUCACUGAAGUGAUAGGAACAUUUAUAAGUGAGGUGUCCACAAUCAGCGAUGAUUCUGAGGAUCAAGAGGAGCCCAGAAGGUCAACACGGAGAAGAACUACCAAAAAUCACCAACAGAAUGUUGAUGACGAAGACGAAGAGACAGAGGAGGACGAGGAGGAGGAGGACGAGGAGGAGGAGGAUUGGAAGGAGGACGAGGAAGAUGAGGAGGCGGACAAAGAAGCGGAGCUAGAGGAUAAGGAGGUGGACAAAGAAGUGGAGCUAGAGGACAAGAGUGUCUCUAAUGAGGAUGAUGCAACCAACAUAGUUGAUCCACCACUAGAAGUUGUUCCUUCUCAAUCAAAAAGGGAAAGGCUGAGGCUCCCUCCUUCUGCUAGUGUUGUGGAAAAGAAUGAAAAAUCAGGAAAGCACACUAAAGUUGAUGCACCGGCUGGUGAUUCAAGGGAAUCAGAACCAAUACCACUAGAAGUUGUUCCUUCUCAAUCAAGAAGGGAAAGGCUGAGGCUCCCUCCUUCUGCUAAUGUUGUGGAAAACAAAGAAAAAUCAGAAAAGCACUCUAAAUGGGAUUUUGAUCCCCCACCAAUGGACAUUAUGAGAUUCAUUGAUUUUCCCACACCCCGUGAACGUCCACCAUCAAAGCCAAGUGAAUGUAAUUCAGAAAGGAACGCAAGGAAAUAUGAUGAUGAAUAUUUUUGGGACAAUUUAAGUGAAGAACAAUUUAAAGAACUUGAUGACAGAUAA